GAAACGAAAGCCUACCCCUGUGCCCGAGUAAAACGGCGCCAUGAGAUGAACACACACACUUUCAUACAAGCACAUACACACUGUUCCAGCGUCAGGCAGUCAGUCUCUACUCCGACUGGCCAAGGCUGCCUCGGGCUAUCCAGCGCAACACUGAAAUAGAAAGACAGAGUACAAGGAAUACUGUCAUGAAACCAGACAUAUACACACAAACAACAGGGGGUCACAAACACAGGGAUCUACAGCUGUGUGAGAAGCCGGACACACCCUCAGACCAGACGAAGGGAGGUAGAGUGUGUGUGCGCGUGUUUCUUUGACCUGUGGCUGUAGAGGAUUAUCCUGGUGUGUGACGGCACACUACUUUUGUCAUCUCGUUUUCUCUACCUGAUGCGGUGGGAUUUCCUGACCCUGGAGUUCAACAGCUGACCCAUGCAGGCCUAGAAUCCGCUUCCCUGAGUUGGGGACCUGCAACACAGCUAAAGGUGCUGAGCAGUGCUGGUACUUUGCUAGCCUUUCCCUGGACUAUUUUCUAAUUCAGGCAAAAAGUUACACCUUCUCAUGCUACAACUAUGAAACAACAGGCACAUUUUCUGCAGAGAUAGGCUACUCUGUCUGACACAGCAAAUAACCAACGACUGUCAUGGCUUAGCCUAAAAUAAUUGAAUCGGGAAAGCCAACGUCAACUUUGUCCAGUCUGUUUUCUUUGGUAAUAAGAGGUGGAAGCUAGUACCUCUCAAAUGACUGACUGUGGCUGUGCAUUCAUUCGGUUGAUUUUCCAAUUUUAUUUGUUUCUUUGGGCGCAACUAAAAGGAAAAACUUAAUUGACGUUUUUUUGGUCGAUAUCCCCGGCUUUCGAACCACGCGUUGCCUUUUCGCGGGUUUCGCUUGCCCAUCAGUACCUCUGCCCACGCACGGCUCGAGCCUCCCAGCUGAUAUUUCACCUCAGUCACUGACAGUCACACAUGCCAAGACGUCGUAAACCAGAGUUUGACAUGGAGGAAGAAAACUCAAUUUAAGCUCGACAGGAUAAAUAAUUCACAAGGACAUUAUUCAGCAGCCAAGCAGGAUGAGGAUGGAGGGAGUGAAACUGUUGCUGGUUCUUCUUCUGCUGCUGGGUGCCUGUCUCCAGUGGGUCCAGUCUGGCAAGUCCUCCCAGCACCGUGAUUCACACCGACGCCCCAGAGAGCACCGGGACCAUCGGCAGCACGGGAACAUCACGCUGGCCAUCAUCCUACCACAGAGAAACACUGCCUACCCCUGGGCCUGGCCCCGUGUGGGUCCGGCUCUGGACCGAGCCAUCAACACCAUCAACGCUGACCCAGCGCUCCUCCGUGGCCACCACCUGGGUUACGUGUUUGAGAACAGCGAGAACGAAGAAGGCAUCUGCUCUGAGUCCAUCGCCCCACUCAUGGCUGUUGACCUCAAGUUCGCCUACGACCCUUGGGCUUUCAUUGGGCCGGGCUGUGACUACACCUCCUCCCCAGUGGGCCUCUUCACCACCCACUGGGACAUCCCCAUGGUAACUGCGGGCGCCCCAGCCGUGGGCUUCAACGGCAUCAACAUGUACCCGUCCAUCACCAACACGGGCCCCACGCACAAAAAGCUGGGCAAGUUCGGCCUCCAUAUAUGCAAGCACUUUGAGUGGAAGGAGCAGGUGCUGCUCAUGUUCAGUGACAACAAGAAGGAUGACCGGCCGUGCUACUUUGCUGUGGAGGGCCUCUACACAGAGCUGCACUUGAACAACAUCACCUCGGUGGACCUGGUGUUUGAGGAGAACACUGGACCAGUCAACUACUCUGACCUGCUCCACAACAUCAAGCAAGAUGGCCGAGUGGUGUUUGUGUGUUGCUCUCCGGACACGUUCAGGCAGCUGAUGGUUCACUUCCGGCGGGCAGGCCUUCCUCAGGAGGAGUUUGUUUUCUUCUACAUUGACAUGUUUGGACGCAGCCUGGACUCCCAGAAUGCUCAACCCUGGGCCAGAGGGGACCAAGACGACCUUAUCGCCAAGGAAGCCUUCCAGAGUGUGAAAAUCCUGACCUAUAGAGAACCACAGAACCCUGAAUAUAAAGAUUUUGUGAGGGACCUGAAGACAGAUGCCAAGAGAAUGUUCAACUUUACGGUGGAGGACUCACUGAUGAAUAUAAUCUCCGGAGGGUUCUACGACGGGCUGAUGCUGUACACACACGCCCUGAACGAGACCAUGACCUCGUCAGAGGACAGACCUGUGGGGAAAACCGUAACCAGGAGGAUGUGGAACCGCACUUACAACGGUGUAACAGGCCUGGUGCAGAUAGAUGAGAAUGGGGACAGAGAGACAGACUUCGCUCUCUGGGACAUGACUGACACCAACACCAGUAUUUUCCAGAUUGUGUUGGUGUACAACGGCUCUCAGAAGAAGCUGCGGGCCUUGCCUGGGAUGGACAUCCAGUGGCCAGGGGGCGCUGCUCCUUUAGAUGUGCCCGUCUGUGGCUUCAAGAACGACAACCCAGCCUGCCUCGCACGAACCAUCACAAUCCACCAGAUGGUAACAAUUGUGGUGUUCUUCAUCAUUAUCAUCAUCCUCACCAUUACUGUCUUCAUAUACAGGAAGCUGAAGCUUGAAAAUGAGCUGGUGGCUCAGCUGUGGAGAGUCUCCUGGGAGGAUAUUCAGAUGAGCAACAUGGAGAAAGUGCUGCGAAGUGCAGGCAGCAAGCUCACUCUGUCCCUGAGGGGCUCCAACUACGGCUCCCUAUUAACAGGAGAUGGAAACUUUCAGGUAUUUGCCAAGACAGGCUACUACAAGGCGAAUAUUGUGGCCAUCAAAUACAUCAACAGAAAACGCAUUGAGCUCACCAGAAACGUGCUGUUUGAACUGAAACAUAUGCGUGAUAUUCAGAAUGAGCACCUGACCCGCUUCAUCGGAGCCUGCAUCGACCCCCCCAACAUCUGCAUCAUCACAGAGUACUGUCCUCGGGGUAGCCUACAGGACAUCAUGGAAAACGAGAGCAUCACACUGGAUUGGAUGUUCAGAUACUCUUUAAUCAAUGACAUUGUCAAGGGCAUGGCUUUCCUCCACAACAGUGUCAUCGUCUCCCACGGCAACCUGAAGUCGUCCAACUGCGUGGUGGAUAACCGCUUUGUGCUGAAGAUCACUGACUACGGCCUGUCCAGCUUCCGCACCGAGAGCAACACAGACGACGCCCAUGCUUACUAUGCCCGGAAGCUGUGGAUGGCCCCAGAGCUGCUGAGGUUGGAGAGACCACCUCCAUGUGGCACACAGAAGGGAGACGUCUACAGCUUUGGCAUCAUUCUCCAAGAGGUGGCGCUACGCCACGGUGCCUUCUAUCUGGAGGGAGAGCCGCUCAGCCCCAAAGAAAUCAUGGACCGGGUGGCUCUGGGUGAGUGGCCGUGCCUGCGGCCUGCUGUCAACCCUCAGAUCCACAGCCAGGAGCUGGGCCAACUCAUGCAGCGUUGCUGGGCAGAGGAGCCCACCGAGAGGCCCGAGUUCAACCACAUCAAACUGCUGCUACGCAAACAGAACAGGGAGUGCAGCACUAACAUCCUGGAUAACCUGCUGUCCCGUAUGGAGCAGUAUGCUAACAACCUGGAGGAGCUGGUGGAGGAGAGAACCCAGGCCUACCACGAAGAGAAACGCAAGGCUGAGGCCCUGCUCUACCAGAUACUACCACAUUCAGUGGCGGAGCAGCUAAAGAGAGGGGAGACGGUACAGGCUGAGGCCUUUGAUUCAGUCACCAUCUACUUCAGUGACAUUGUGGGCUUCACAGCCAUAUCAGCUGAGAGCACACCUAUGCAGGUUGUGACCCUGCUCAAUGACCUCUACACCUGUUUCGAUGCCAUCAUUGACAACUUUGAUGUUUACAAGGUGGAGACCAUCGGCGAUGCCUACAUGGUGGUGUCCGGCCUACCGGUGAGGAACGGGAAGCUACACGGCCGAGAGAUCGCCCGCAUGGCCCUGGCUCUGCUCAACGCCGUACGCACCUUCAAAAUCCAACACCGGCCUGACCAGCAGCUCAAACUACGCAUUGGCAUCCACAGCGGCCCUGUGUGUGCAGGAGUGGUGGGGCUGAAGAUGCCACGGUACUGUCUGUUUGGAGACACAGUCAACACCUCUUCACGACUGGAGUCCAAUGGUGAAGCGCUGAAGAUCCAUGUGUCUGCGGCCACGCGUGACGUCCUGCAGGAGUUCAACUGCUUCCAGCUGGAGUUGAGAGGAGAUGUGGAGAUGAAGGGGAAGGGGAAAAUGACAACCUACUGGCUACUGGGAGAGAGCAAGAGCAAUGAGUCAACGAGCUAAGGGGACGAGCCAAGGGAAGGAGGGAGGAAGGUCAUGAAUGAAGAAGUGGUGGAGGCAAACAUGAGCAAAUAAUGGGAACCCCAGAUUUGAAGUGCUGAAGCAAGUAAUCAAAUGAAGAGGCCUGGUGAAUGAAUGAGGUGGGGAGGGGGGAGGUAGAUGAGGAAGAGGACAAGGAAGGAGGAUGUGGAGAACUUUCUUCACUUCAGCCCUCCUGCACUCGAACAUCUAGAUUCUAAGGACAUAUAGAAAGCUACAUGCUCUGAGUGUGUGUGUGAUGUUCUGUGUCUACGUUUUUCCAGUUUUAUUUCUAUGUUGGAGGUUUUGGAUGCAACACUGAUGGUAUUUUAGAUCGGUAAAAAAAAUUGGUUCACAUACACACCUUUACAGGAGGUUGUGGAUAUUGCUGCCUGGUGGUCACAUUAUGUAACUGUUUUUUGAAUUCAUGUAUUUUAUGAGUACACAGUAUCCCACUGGGCACAGACGUCAGUUCAACAUCUAGUUUUGAUUUAAAUUUGGUUGAGUUGUCAACUAAUGUGAAUUCAACGUGAAAUAAACAACAAAUAUCACUAUGUCAUUGGAUUUAGGUUAAGAGUUGGGUGAAAAAAAUACGAAAUGCCCUUACGUUGAUGACUUUUUUACAAAUCCAAUCAGUUUUCCAUGUUGACUCAACAUCAUCACAUACAUUUUCGGGGUUGAAAUGACAGAAAUUACGUUCAAACUUCUUUUAUCCAGUGGGAUUUAUAAUUUGAUUAAUUUCCACUGUAGUCUUUGUGAUUAUGUAUCCCCAGACCCCAACCACAAUAACUGAGCCUACUCUGGAGUUAAAAUGACUUGUUUGAUGUGUGGGUGUGCGUGUGUGGGUGUGCGUGUGUAUAAUGUCUCAUCAGUGUAUAUGAUUUGUAUGUUUACAGUCAUAUCAGUCUUAUUAUUUUGUAUAAUACAGAUGUUGUUUAUUUCUCAAUAGAUUACUUUUCUAUUGCCUGAAGGGCAAUUCACAGAAAUGCACUUAAGAUAAAGUCAAGCAUUCCACUUCUUCGGCACCAUAUACAGUUUCAUUAUUUUCACUGAAGUGUACGAUUGCCUAUGAAUCUGUCUUAUGAAGAUUCAGUUUAAUGCAUUAUUGUUGUUAGUGAAAACAUACAGCUGAGCUUACAUCAUACACAUAUGCCAUGGCCGUCUCAGUCACCAGAUCUCAACCCAAUUCAAUACUUAUGGGAUAUUCUGGUGCGUUUUCCACCACCAUCAACAAAAUACCAAGUGAUGGAAUUUCUCGUGGAAGAAUGGUGUCGCACUUGUAGAAUUUAUGCUAAGGUAAAUUGAAGCUGUUCUGGCUCAACGCCCUAUUAAGCAACUUUAUGUUGGUGUUUCCUUUAUUUUGUCAGUUACCUGUAUUCAACAGUGAUUGAAGACAGGUAACCGUUUUCUGCUGGAAAGACAGGCUCUUGACAGAGGAUAGUUUUAUGACAAUUGUGGCUGGACAGCUGGACACACACUGGCUCCUGAUUUCUGAAUGGAUUUGUCUGAACUGCUACUCUGAAAACACCCUGGAAUAAAAAUUAAGAGGUCACCAGGGAACUUUUAGAAAGGGUUCGCACUGAGAACCUCUGUAACUUUGCAAUAACUAACCGCGUCGAAAGGACUUAAUGAAUUCUGGGGUAGAUAUGUAUAAAGGACUAAAUUAAUUCUGGGGUAGAUGUGUAUAAAGGACAAUUAAUUCUGGCCUAGAUGUGUAUAAAGGACUAAAUUAAUUCUGGGGUAGAUGUGUAUAAAGGACUAAAUUAAUUCUGGCGUAGAUGUGUAUAAAGGACAAUUAAUUCUGGGGUAGAUGUGUAUAAAGGACAAUUAAUUCUGGGGUGGAUGUGUAUAAAGGACAAUUAAUUCUGGGGUAGAUGUGUAUAAAGGACAAUUAAUUCUGGCGUAGAUGUGUAUAAAGGACAAUUAAUUCUGGGGUAGAUGUGUAUAAAGGACUAAAUUAAUUCUGGGGUUGAUGUGUAUAAAGGACUAAAUUAAUUCUGAGGUAGAUGCGUAUAAAGUUCCAUAUUUUGGUUUGGUGUUCACAGUAACCUUUGCGUUUCAGAGUCAUGGAGAAUGGUAUUGUUUUUUGCGUCUCAAGACAACAGUGUUCAUCAUCUGUUGAGAAGUGUUGAACAGAUCAAUAUUGUCUGUAAGACCUCAGCCUGUCGACAUGUAUUUUCAUCUCGUUUUUUCUGUUUGAAUCAGUAAAUAUGGUAUAAGUGUAUUAGUGGCUGUUUUAGUUCUGUGUGUCCCUAUCAGUGGUGGGGUGUAUGUAAGUGUAUUCACUAUUCAGAGCAUGUGUGUGAGAGGAGGGUAAAAAAAAGCAGACACCUUUACAAGUCUUUUACAGGUACGUUUUCUCCACCAAACCCUUUCAUCACUUAUCGAAUCUCAUUUAAACUAUAUCUGAUCCCCACGUUCACUAUUAUCAAAUAUCUUUAGAUUACUUCAUUAAACCCUCCUCUAAUCCAGGGCAGCCUAGACAAAAUGAGCAAUACUGUAGUUUAGGGUUCUUUCUCCCUGUCCCUGUCCCUCUUUUCUCUUUCUCAGUCAAUCAUCUCUGACUAAUCUCUCUCUCUCUCCCCAAGGAUCAAAUGUAACCCUUUCCCUUAGAUCAGAGCCCAAAGGUGGGUAUUAGAAUAAGCCUUAAACUGUAACCUGUCAUCCAUCAUAAGGUAAUGUAGUCAUUAUCUAAUGUGUCUUGAAGCCUGUGAAGUAUGUGUUUGAUCUCUGUAACAUCAAGUGCUUGAGUGAAGUAGACAAUAUAUAUAACUGUUUCUAUUUUGCUUUGAAAUGUGGUACUAAAAUUUAUUUUACUCUAUUUCCUUUAUCUUGCUUGUUGGUUGAUUCAUUUCAACUGUCAUAUUUAUUGUGGUAAAAACUGAAAUAGACAAGGUACAUUUUUAUUUUUAA